AUUUCAACCCUUCUUCUUCUCUUUUCUUCUUCUCUUUUCUUCUCUCUCUCCCUCUCUCUCUGAUUAACAUAAAUUAAGCAUUCAAUUUCAAUCCUCAUCUUCCUCUAAUUCUUCUCAAGAUUUUGUAUAUAUAGAUAUAUAUAUACAGAAUCAGAGACGAAAUAUAUAUAUACUAUAUAUAUAAUUACGAAUAUGGAUGUUUGGUUCUGUAGCAAUGGAAGAGGUUUUCCGAAUCUGUUUCUUCUUCUGACGUUGAUGAUCUUCUGUUUUUGUAAUUUUGUCGCAAAUGCUUCUUUCAAUGUCUCUACAAUCCGUUUCGAUGAAGGAUAUUCGCCUCUGUUCGGCGAUGGUAACCUUGUUCGUUCUCCCGACGGGAAAUCCGUUCGUCUUCUCCUUGAUCGUUUCACCGGCUCUGGAUUCAUCUCCUCGAAGAUGUAUAAUCAUGGAUUCUUCAGCGCUAGAAUCAAAUUGCCGUCCGAUUACACCGCCGGCAUCGUUGUUGCUUUCUAUACUUCAAACGGUGACGUAUUUGAGAAGAAUCACGACGAAUUGGACUUUGAGUUUUUAGGGAACAUUGAAGGGAAGCCAUGGAGGUUUCAGACCAAUCUGUACGGAAACGGAAGCACGAACCGAGGGCGGGAGGAGCGAUACCGGCUUUGGUUCGACCCGACCAAGGAGUUUCACCGAUACAGCAUUCUUUGGACCGCCAAUAAUAUUAUAUUUUACAUAGAUGAAGUUCCGAUUAGAGAAGUGGUGAGAAAUGAAGCAAUGGGUGGAGAUUACCCUUCAAAGCCAAUGUCUUUAUACGCCACAAUUUGGGAUGCUAGCAAUUGGGCAACAUCAGGUGGCAAAUACAAAGUCAACUACAAAUAUGCACCUUUUGUUUCUGAAUUCAAAGACCUUGUUUUGGAAGGCUGCCCUUCCGAUCCCAUCCAGGAGGUUCUAGAACCCUCCGACUGCUCCGACACCAUCGCCCGCCUCAAUGCCCAAGACUUCGCCACCAUAACACCCGAGCGCCGUGCUGCCAUGCGCAACUUUCGCCAACAUUAUAUGUACUAUUCAUACUGUUACGAUACACUCCGAUACUCAGUCCCACCUCCGGAAUGUGUCAUCAUCCCAACCGAGCAACGGCGUUUCAAGGACUCUGGACGGUUGAAGUUCGGUGGCAGCCACCGCCGUCGCUCGAGGCGGCGCAACAGAAACCCUAGUGUUUCAUUGAAUAACCAAUCUAGUAUGUAAUAAAGUGUGUGUGUUCACAGAUUAUAGAGAUGAAGUAAAAAAGGUAUUCUUUAUUUCGUUUGUGAACUUUGUGUAUUUAUGUUGUGUUCAAUAAUGCAAUAAUAUAAAUCUAUUCGUUUAAGUAA